AAAAACCUUGAUUAAAACCGGUGACCUUAAAGAACCGAAUAAAAUAUAACCAUCAUCCAUCAACAGUAGACGCAACCUCAAUUUCCUCCUUCGCACGAUCGUCCACGCAUCUUCCGUAUAGAUAAAGCUUCUUCGUCUCAGUGCGGUGUGAUUAGGGUUUUGAAUUUGAGUCUUUCAAAAGGGUUUUCUUCUUUUAUUGUAUCUAGUAGAGUCUUCAAUGGCAAAUCAAGGUGGUUUAAAGAAGUUUGGUUGGGUGAUAAAAGACUAGCGACGUCAUUGGUGUUGCUCUGUUCCAAUCCUAAUCGGUGACUCUUAUUGGCGUCUUGUUGCUCAUCCCAAUGGAAACCCUACUGGUUACUUUUCUCUGUUUCUGGAAGUUAAUUUGGAACUAUUUCCUUCUGGCUGGAGAAGAUACGUGGAUUAUCAAUUCACUAUAGUCAAUCAUAUUUCUGGGAACCAUUCCUUCAAUAAAAAAGGAUGGGGCUGGUUUGAUGAGAACACAAAAGUUUGCGGUUUUAGAGACAUGAUUCCCGUAUUCAACCUUAAUAACAUUCGUGGUGGAUUCUUGUUGAAUGGGGAGCUCACGAUUAUUGCUGAAGUUGAAGUUCAUGAAAUUAUUGACACGUUAAAUGCAUCACAAGUUGAAGAGUACUUUAGUGAUGAUUCCUCUGAAGAUUUUCAGAACAAAGAUAAUGUAAAUAUCGAAGUAAACGGCUUUCAGGUUCUUGAUUCGCAGGUUGAUCAGGUGAAUGUAAUCUUUGAGAAACAUCCAGAUCUCACGUCGAAUUUCAAUUUAAAGAAUCAACAUAUCAAGAAUGCUUACAUGCAUGCUCUUCUUGACCUAAUCAAGACACUGUCCAAAUCUACUAAGGACCUCACCGUGGAAGACAUGAACAAAGCAGACAAUACGCUUACUGAUCUGGUAAAAGCAGGCUUGAACUUGGAUUGGUUGCGUCAUAAGUUGGAUCAGGCUUUGGAAAAGCAGAUAGAUUACGACACACGGAUCAGAGAACUCGAGAAACAGGUCAAGAAGCGAAAGUUGGCAUUGACAGAACUUGAAGCCGACCUGGAGAAAGAGAAAGCUGCAGCUUCAGCUUCAUUGAUGUUGUUUGAUUGAAAUUUUAAGAUGAAGUUGUGCUUCUUUAUUUGAGUUUUCUCCAUUAUUUAAUGAGGAAUAGUGUUUCCUACUUCUAGUCUUUCUAUUUCAGCUUUCCUUAUUU